CCUGUCCCUUCAGCCGUGGCUGCAAUAGGUCGGGGAAGAAGUUUCUAGUUCUUUUUGAACACACUGCACUCUGGUGUUCACUAGUUUGUUUUGGCUUCGGUGAACUUUCUUCCAAGCCGUGCAGCGUCAAGCUCCCAUGUCAACACGCCCUCUUAAAUGAGUUGCAUGGUUCCAUGUGUGGUACGAACUGCAGAUCCUCAAGAGUUUUUGCUGAGCUGAAGGACACACCGUGCACGACUGACACAAGAUAACAGAAACGUUUUAUCGGCAUCAUGUCAGUGAACACGGGGCCGGGACCUCUUCAGUUUGUGAAUCCUCCCCCUCCUGAGGUGACCAAUCCUAGCAAGCCAGGGCGGAGGACCAACCAGCUGCAGUUCAUGCAGAAUGUUGUGGUCAAAGCGCUUUGGCGGCACCACUAUGCUUGGCCUUUCCACAACCCUGUUGAUGCAGCUGCUCUCAAUCUACCAGACUAUCACAAGGUCAUCACCUCUCCCAUGGACAUGGGCACCAUCAAGAAACGGCUGGAGAACAACUACUACUGGAGUGCCAGUGAAUGCAUGCAGGACUUCAACACCAUGUUCACCAACUGCUACAUAUAUAACAAGCCUACAGAUGACAUUGUGCUGAUGGCCCUUGCCUUGGAAAAGAUUUUCCUGCAAAGAGUUGCCCAGAUGCCUCCGAAAGAGAAGGAAGUUUGUCCUCAUGCAGCCAAAGGUAGAGGCAGGAAGAGUAGCACUGCAGAAAACAGGAAAAGGCGUGAAAGUGCAGAGCAAAUGAUAAACCAUGCAAAGAGUGACGGUCAAGAGAAAGACCUGCAGCAGCAAGAAACUGCUCAGGGAGGCUGGAGCGAUCAGCUGAAGUACUGCAACGACAUCCUGAAGGAUAUGCUCUCUAAGAAACACUCGGCCUACGCUUGGCCUUUCUACCUGCCUGUUGAUGCUGAAGCUCUUGGGAUCCAUGAUUACCAUGACAUCAUCAAAUACCCGAUGGACCUCAGCACUGUAAAAAAAAAGAUGGAUGAUGGAGAAUACAAAGACUCACAACAGUUUGCUGCAGAUGUCCGGUUAAUUUUUUCCAACUGCUACAAAUACAACCCCUCACAUCACUUUGUCGUUGAAAUGGCCAGAAAGCUGCAGGGAGUGUUUGAGCAGAAGUUUGCAAAGAUGCCAGAUGAGCAGGUGGAGUUAACCACACCGGGUAGCGUCAUGGCUGCCGAGAGUGCAGCUCUCUGUGGAUCAGACGGCAAACGUUCCUCCAAUAUGGACCAAACACAGUCUGUGGAAGAACGUUCCUCUUGGCCUUCUGGAGUGCACGACCAGUUUGAGUCUGUCCACAAUCAGCUUGCUGCCCUGUCUGAAAGACCCAUGAUGCAGGAAAAGGACAAAAAUGAAUGCAGCAGACUGAGUAAAAGAUUAUCAACCUUCAUUUCAAGACCGCCCUGUGAAAGGAUCCAAGACUGGGAUUCAGAUGGCCAAUCUCUGCAGAUGUCUUAUGAAGAGAAGCACCAGCUGAGCCUGGACAUUAACCGUUUACCUGGCACGAGGCUGGGACACGUGGUGGAGAUCAUUCAGAGCCUAGAGCCUGCCAUGUGCAGCUCCAACCUGGAUGAGAUCGAGAUUGACUUCGAGAUCCUGAAGACCUCCACGCUGCGUGAGCUCCAACGAUAUGUCAGGUCCUGCCUUUACAAGAGAUUCAAGAAAUUUCACAAGAAAAGCCAAACUGCCUCCAAUCACAGCAACAGUUCUUCAGACGCUUCCACCAGUUCCUCCAGUGAGUCCAGCUCGGAUGACAGUGACUCGUGAUUUCUGAUGUAUUUAUUUCAUGUUAAGUGCCUAUUUUUUUAUCUUUAUACGUUCACUGUUCAGAAUUAAACGUUGUUUUCUUA